CUAAAAGAGAAAGGACACGACAGGCAGCAGAAACAGCAAGACACUCAUCGUGUCCUCUGGACUGCAGAUGGACAGACGUCGUUUCCCGUCUUUAUGAACAACAAUAAAACAAGAUUGAAAGUUUAAAUUCAUCAGAGCUUGAUUUUCUCUUCCUUGCGCCACACACUUUUUUCUUCCUCUAUUCAACAACUGGGUGAAGGAAGAACAACAAAAUGGGUCCUGCAGUGAAAGAGAGUGAAACAAAAGGAAGAGGAAAAUCUUGUCUUAUCUUGAUUUACUGCCUGCUCAGUAUCUGUCGUUUGUUUUCUCCCGUGACAGGAUUUGCAUUAAAAACUUGCCUGAUGAGUUGUGACGUUGCCAUUUGUGUCAAAAUGAAACUCAGGGCUGUUCCUCGAGACAUUCCCCCAGCCGUGAGAGGCUUCAACUUGUCUUCAAACAGGAUUCCAAAAAUUCAAGUCUCAGAUUUUGUUAAUCUACCCGUUCUGACACAGUUGGACCUCAAUUUCAAUGAGAUUUCAGUGAUAGAAAAGGGUGCAUUUGUCAAACUGACUUCCCUCAAAACGCUAAUACUGAGUAAUAAUAAACUUGUUGAGCUCGGGGAGGAUGUUUUUGACGGUCUGAGCAACCUUGUAGAGCUCAGGAUAGUCAGUAAUCACAUCAAAGCUGUGGCAUGGACCUCCUUCAGGUCGACAAAAAGCUUAAAAUUCCUGGACAUUUCCGACAACAAACUGCAUCCCAUCGGAAAAGUCCGCUGCGUGUUACAUCACCUGCCACAUCUACACAAACUAUUCCUUAAAGACAAUGGAUUAACCUCUUUUCACUCGUGGAAACUGACAAACAAAUCACUGGAACUCAAAUCCCUCGACUUGUCCCGGAAUCCGAUGGCAGAUUUACAAAUCACUGCUGAUAUUUUUCCAAAUCUCACCUGGUUUAAUAUCAGUGGCUUUACCUCAAAGAAUCCACUGAUAUGGAACGUGCAAAACGGAAGUUACCUCCGCGGAGUUUCCACUCUUGAUAUCAGCGGGAUUCAAAUGUCCUUUGUCGACGUGAAAACAUUGCUCGAGACUGUAAACGCCUCACUCACGUCUCUGUCGAUGAAUUCUAUGAAAGAUAAGCUCACAGCGCGGAUCCACCUCUCAUGCGCCGUCCCGACGAUGUCCUCGCUGCAGCUCCGCCGGAACAAACUCAAGUCUGUCACUUCAACAUUGUUCAAGCUGUGCUACAACGUCACCGAGUUAGACUUGACAGAGAAUAAGAUACACAGUGUUUGUGACGAUGCCUUCAAAUCUCUGUGGAGUCUAAAGAUCUUGGGUUUAGGUCACAACAAGCUUUCAUCUGUACCAGGCGCCACAAGGAAUCUGCCAAGCCUGGUCAAGUUGGAUCUCAGCUCGAAUCGUAUUAGCAAACUAGUAUGUGAUGACUUUGCCAAUCAGACAACGCUUGAAUGGCUCAACCUUGAUGGCAACUCAGUAUCGGUGCUAACAAAAUGCAUUUUCAGGGACUUAGUACGACUGCAAGUUUUGAAGUUAGGGAACAACCACAUGUCCAAGUUACACGGUGCCUUCACAGAGCACUUGCCAAACCUCAGACAGCUGUUUUUGAAUGGAAACAAACUCACGUCAUUUAAACGUGGCGAAUUUAGCGGCUUACGGUCCCUCCGGAACUUGUUACUACACGGAAACAAAAUAGACACACUUGAAAACGGAUCUUUCAUCGGUUUGACCAACCUUACCGAUUUGCUCUUGCAGAACAAUCACAUUACAGGAAGUGAAAUAAACAAAGGUUGCUUCAACGAUCUUGUCAAUUUGAAGAGAUUGAAUUUGAGGCACAAUCACAUCAACUAUGAAAAUAGCUCGGCUUUGACUCAAGCACCGUUUUCUCAGCUGUCCCGCUUGGAGACGCUCGCUCUUCCAUCUCAGCGCUGCAGGCUGAAAACUCACCUGCCGUGUAACUUUCUCCAAGGUUUGAGAAACCUGUUAGUUUUCAACAUCAAGAACAUCAGACUUUUGUCCUUGCACAAAGACAUGUUCACGUACACGCCUCGGCUGCAGCAGCUCAACAUUGACACAAACAACCUCAAGCAUCUCCACCCAGAUUUGUUUUCACCGAUUCAGGACCUUAAAAGUCUUUACAUCUCGAGAACGAGUCUUCCGUCUCUGGAUUUUCUCAUUCACGCCAACCUUACCAAGCUUGAGUUUUUGAAGGCAAGACAGAACAACUACUCAGUCAUCAGUGAGGAGAUAAUAAAGUCCGUACCUGCUUUAGUUUAUGCUGAUUUUCAGUGGAACAGCUUCACCUGUGACUGUAACAACGCCUGGUUCCUCCACUGGGCCAAAGACAACAACCAAACACAAGUUUUUGACGCCUACAACUUUGAGUGCAGCUAUCCUGCACAUCUUAAGGGUAUGAAACUGUUGGACCUCAAUGUCUCGUCCUGCUCGGUGGACAUUGAAUUCAUCCUCUUUAUCUUCACCGCGUGUGCGAUCCUCUUGAUUAUGGUGGUGUCCUUCACCUACCAUUUCCUGAGGUGGCACCUGGUCUACGCCUACUACCUCUUCUUGGCUUUGCUCUUUGACUCACAGCGUAAGAACAAACAAGGUCCGAGUCAGUAUGACGCCUUCAUCUCCUACAACACCCAUGAUGAACCCUGGGUCAUCAAAGAGCUGCUGCCCAAACUGGAGGGAGAACAGGGCUGGAGAUUGUGUCUGCACCAUCGAGACUUUGAACCAGGUAAACCUAUCAUUGAAAACAUCACAGACGCUAUUUAUAGAAGCAGGAAAACCAUCUGUGUGAUCAGCCGCAGAUACCUGGAGAGUGAGUGGUGCUCCAGGGAGAUCCAGGUGGCCAGCUUCCGUCUGUAUGACGAGCAGAAGGACGUGCUGAUCCUGGUCUUCCUGGAGGAUGUCCCCACCUCUCAGCUGUCUCCUUACUACCGCAUGAGGAAGCUGCUGAAGAAGCAGACCUAUCUGAGCUGGCCUCGAGCAGAGGAGCACACCGAGCUCUUCUGGGAGAAACUGAGACAGGCUCUGAGGACCAAGGAGGGCGACGAUGGAGAAGACAAUCUCCUCAACAAUAUGGGGGACAGACAUUCAUUAAUAUGAAAUACUGUCCUCUAGGUUUUUACAAGCUCAAACCUUCACUGGACACCGGUUUGAAUUGUUUGGACUGUUUUUUUUUGGAUAAGAUGGUGUUGUUUUACAUUCUUGAUGCACUUUGUUUUUUGACUUUUCUGAUGUUACGUCAAUGAAUCCAUGUCAUUUUAACCAGUAACAGGUGGAGAUGUAUUCGUUAAAAUUAAAUUUAGAU